UAUUUUUUUAAUGUUUCAUUUCAGGCUCUGUUCUCGCUUUUUAAACCUAUUUGUUCCGUUGAUUUUCACAAUGUUUACUAAAACGAAGAAAAAUCAACAUCGUGAAGCUUUGAAGAAUAUUGUAUUGAUAUGUAUUGUUUAUGUUGCUCAACUUAUCCUCUUUAAAGAUAUCUUCAGAUGUCCUUGUAGAAAUCAUCAAUUUUAUGGCGCUUCAUUUCUCUUCGUUCCCGCCAUACUCCUGUUCCUUCUCAGCUUAACGUUCUUUGAAAGAUCAAUCGAAGCAUACGUAAAGUUGUUUAAACACAAGAACUACAAGACAAGAUGUAAUUAUUUUCUUUCCUACCUAGUCGACAUUUUUCGUCCGUUUCUCGCGUCAACAUCGUGGAUUACUAUUUCGCUACUUCGUGGCGAGUCUUACGUUUGUAUUCGUGCCGGACCUGAGGACGAAUGUGGAUAUAAUUCUAAUGAGAUCACUAAAGAAAAUUUUCAAAAUUACAAAAUUCAGUCUUAUAUUUUUGGGAUGGCUGGCCUUGUUUCCAUGGUAAUAUUUAUCGCCGGAAUCGUUUGUAUUGAACGGUUGUGUACGACUAAAGACGAGUACUUGCCGACUAAAGACGAGUUCUUGCCGACUUAUACAGAUUUCAUUACAUUAAAGAAAUCAGCAGUUGCUAUUGCAUUCACUGACAAAACGAAAGAAAUUGUUAAAAAACACGCACAAACGCUCGUGGAGAACGCAUUUUCGAAUGAGACAAACUCGGAAAUGGAAGAGAGAUUUUUAGAGGCACGAGAAAAAACAUUGAACAAUUUACAAUCUUCUUUUCAACAAUUUACUUAAGUUGAUGUUAAGGGAGUGAAUCAGACAAAGUUCUUACUUUUUAAAACCAUAUUGUUUCGAAGCCUUAACAUUGCCAUUCAACUCUCAAUUAUUCAUUCUGUUUGACAAAUUGGUAUGUCGUUAAAACUACAGAGCUUUGUUCUUGAACAAUACCGACAAUUGUAAGCUAAAUCUUUUUCUCAUUGUAACAUAAAUAGAUUUUUACAUAAAAUUUAAUCCAUAUACUAAUACUUAUUCUUCAUUAAUGACUAUCAUUUAUUUUUA